AUGAGCAGCGGUGGAUGGUCCCCCUGUCUUCGAGCCCUGGGUGGACAAAGGAGCUUCUAGAAAGAGAGGAGUAUGGCCAGUGGGAAUGGGCUCCCUUUGUCCUUGGCCCUUGUGGCCAAGCGCCCCUCCGCCCUGGGCCCAUUCCCUAGAUACAUCUGGAUCCACCAGGACACACCCCAAGACAGCCUAGACAAGACUUGUCAUGAAAUCUGGAAGAGAGUCCAGGGCCUGCCAGAGGCCUUGCAGCCCAGGACCUCGACGGAGCAGUUCCCUGCCCCCAUGGCUGGGACUCCGAGAGAUCACGGGUUCAGCUUCCAAGAAGAAGCCCUGGAGCUCAGCAGUGGCAAAGAUGAGAUCUCCCUGUUGGUGGAGCAGGAGUUCCUGAGCCUCACCAGAGAGCACCUCAUCCUGGUCAAAGAGAGCUCAGGGGAGCCGGAGGCAACUGGCAACUGUCCCAAGGGGACCAGAGAGCCUGCUCCCUGCAUUCUCACACCUCCCCUGUUGGCAGGCAGCAGUGAACACCCAGGAGCCUCUGUCAUUGCCGGUGACAAGGUUAUGGAGCAGGUGUCUGUGUCCGUUAUUGGCAGCCGGCAGGACUGCAAUUCUGCCAUGUCUGCAGUCACGGGCAUCCUGUGUGCCACCAAGGUCAAGAGUGCCAAGGGGACAGAGGACGGGGGCCAUAGCCUGGGUGCCUCCAACUCGGAGAUCAGCAAGCUCCUGGCCCAGUUCCCGUUGAAGUCCACCGAAACGUCUAAGGCCCCCGACCACAAAAUGGUGCUGGAAGAGACAAGAGUCAUCAAGGACUUCCUGCAGAACAGCAUGUUUAGUGGCCCUGGGCCCAUGGAGCCUGGGGGGCUGGGCCCGUUCCUGCUGCUGCCACCCCCUCCUCCCCCAGGACUCCCCGACAAGCUCCCUGAGCUCCCUGCUCAGAAGAGGCAGCUCCCCGUGUUUGCCAAGAUCUGCUCCAAGACCAAGGCUGACUCCACCUUGGAGGGCCAUCAUUUAGUCCACAAGAAGCCUGGCACCAAAGAGCCAACGAAGGGUCGAGAAAGCCUCUUGCUCAGCCAGUGCCCCCAGAGCCAGAAGGACACCUGUGGGGAGGACAGCAGCAGUGACCCAGUGGGCCCUACAUCCAUGGCCCUGCCGACCAAGAGGACUGCAUGGCCAGCUGAGAAGAACCUGCUCUGUGAGAUGCUCGGGGCUACCAAGAACCCAAGCAAGCAGCUGAGGCUUCGCAGCAAAGUGGAGGUGGAUGGGCUGGAGCUAAAACUUAACCCACUUGCGACGGCUUCCGACAAGAACAACCUCAAGUACAAGGGAAACGUUUUCACCCCACACUUUGCCACAGCCUUGACCUCCACAACUCUGAACCAGCCGCUCUGGCUCAACCUGAACUAUCCACCUCUGCCAGUAUUCACAAAUCACUCCACCUUCCCGCAGUAUCAGGGUCUGUACCCCCAGAGGGCAGCGAGGAUGCCCUACCAGCCAGCUCAGCACCCUCAGCUGGGGUGCUACUCCCGGCAGAUGAUGCCGUACAACCCGCAGCAGAUGGGACAGCAGAUCUACUGCUCUUCCUACCUGCCCCCACUGAGCUACAUCCCCUUCGUCCAGCCCAACUAUCCAUACCCACAGAGGAUAUCUUCAAAACUGUCCACCAAUCCCCGAGAUCCUUCCCCCAUGGCAGGAGAUGGGCCGCAGUACCUCCUCCCCCGGGCAUAUGGGCUUGGCUCGAUGUCUGGGAGCCCCCCGAUGAACAGCCCCUAUUUUUCCUCCAGUGGAAGUGGCAUACAUUUUUAG